AUGGAACCAAUUCAUCAAAAAAAUAUCUAACAUAAUUUCACUUAUCUUAAAAAUAUGAGACUAAAGAAUCAAUUACUAGUUUUGAUUAGUUUUUAAAUAAUUUUCAUCAUGACCUUUAUUCUUUGCAGCAAUUACAUACAUACAACCUUUAUAUAAAUAUAUUUUACAGAAUCCUCUUAAAAAAUUUACCUCAAAACAUCAAAUUCCCUACUCUAAUCAUAAUUAAAUGAAUACAAUUCAUACUUUAAAUCAUUGUUUCAUACGAGUAAACAUAUAAUUAUAAUUAGAUGGUCAAACACUCAUAUAAUUUUUUUAACUUUACACAUAUCUUAGAAAUAAAACAAAGAAUAAUCUUGAGCCACUAAAUUCUAAGUUUAAUAUGAAUUAUGGAGGAAUCAAUUCUAAAAUUCCGUCAUCAAUUUAAUCUUCAAAAUUAGGUAUUUACAAUACAACUCUUUCUUGUCUUUGUUACACAAAUAAAACAAAAUUUAAUCAUCCUUAUACUUAAGAUGAGUUCAUUAAUAUAAAAACUUAAGAAGCAAUGUAGAGCUUAGGAAUGGUUAUUUUUUAAGGUAAAACAACUUUGUAAUCAUUCCUGUAUGGUUAUGUUAAAAGAGACAACAUGUUAAUGACAUACCCUUGUCUACAAAGACAUGAUAUUGCCAAUUACAUACCUGAAAAUAGAACAUGGUAUAAAGAAGCCAAAAGAAAUUUCCAGUUUCAUAACCCAUACAAUAGAUACAACUUUUCCAUUACUUAUCCUUAUUUAUGUAAUUAAAGUUUUUAUUUAAAUAAGUAUUCAAAUCCACCAAUAUUGGAUUAUCUAUGACAAUUCCAUUUGUUGAUUAGAAUCUUGAUUUUAUUGGCAGUGGAACUUUUGAUUUGAUUCCAUCAAAUUUAUUGUAAAAAGUAACUUAAUAAUUUGGAAAGGAUUUUACUUCUAUUUUUCUUGCAUCUCUAGAUGGAAUAUUGAUUAUGCAUCCAUACAAUAUCACUUCAGAUAAAUUACCACUUUAUUUCUACAAUGAAUCUAUUACUGGUUUCAAUUCUAGAGACUGGGAAGGUUUAUCAGAUUCUACAUUUAUUUCAAAUUGUAAAAAUCAAACAACAACAACAAAUUUAAAAUGUCUAUAUAACUCAUUUUAUAAUUAAGAUAUGUUCGUUAGCAGAUCAACUUUAUAUUAAUUUAAUAUGACUAUUAUUGUGUAAGUAUCUUUAAAAAUUAUAUUUUAGAUUGAUAAGUAGUUCAGAAUUUAAUAAAUUUUCAUAUGAUUUCAAUUCUAACUUGAACUCUCAAUUAAAGAAUACAUUUUCAAAUUCAUUAAUUGAAUAAGCAUGCCUAUUUGUAUUCUUGUGCUUUCUAAUUUAUUUUAUGACUUCUUAUCUAUUUUAUCCAAUAGAAUUAAUUAUUAAUGCAGCAAUGAAUUAGAUCUAAAAAAAAAAGUAUUAAAAUAAACAUUUAAAUACAAUUUUAUAAUCACUAUUAAGCGUUUAGAUUUUGGACUUAUAUAGAUCUUGCUAGCAUUUUAACAAAUUAUUUGAGAGAUUCUCAUUCAAUAAAACAGAAUAAUGUUAAAAAAUAGAAAGUCUUUAAUAUCCUUAAAAGAUAUAAGAAAUUAGACUUUGUUGUUUAAUGGAUCAUAAAAAAUUAAGAAAACUUGAUGUAAAUAAUGAAUUAUUAUAAUAAGUAUAAACUUAGGAAUCAGGCAAAUGAAAAUUUAGAUUUAGUGAAAUCAUUUGUCAAAUAAGUAUAUUUUUAACUUCGACUAAAAUGA